AUGUCUAUUUCUGAUAGAGAAGAGGAUUCUAUGGUAGAAAUUGAUAAUAGAAAAUUAACCGUUCACGAAGGCAGUAUCGCAGGAGGUUUUAUGAGUAAGAGCGAUAAUAACACAAUGAUUGAAGAAGAUGAUAUUCGUAUGAUUUCAUCAAACUUACGUUUUCACUGGAAUGGAAAGAAAGGUUUCGAGGGUUACAAAAACGAUUAUAUCAACAAUGAAUUCUCUAAUAAUAGCAAAACAUAUUACAACUACAAAUAUAUGAACAACAACAGCAAGAACACUAACCCUGGGAUAAAAACCCACAGUAAUAACGAAGACAGUAGUAGGAUACAUCAAUAUUAUCACUAUCACCACCGUCACCACAACAUGAACAACAGCAACAGCACUAGUACUGAUACCAGUAUUAAUACUUAUGACAAUAAUAAUAUAAGCAGCAAGAGUGUAUGUUGUGACAGUAGUGUCAAUAGCAACAGUAGUACUAAUACAUAUGAAAAUACAAUUGAUAGUAAUAAUUAUAAUAGCAACAGUAGCUGUUAUGACAUCAGUGUUAAUAGCCUAAGUAAUACAGAUAAUGACAACACUGUUAGCAGUAAUAGUUGUAGUAGUGGUAGUAGUAGUAAAUUUGACAAUAUUCACAAAAGUAGUAGUAGUAGUACUAAUAUGUACGAGAAUUAUAAUAUUGAUAGCAAUAGCAGUUGUUAUGAGAGGGAACAUAUCAAUAGCAACAGCAAUACAUAUAAAGACACUGGCAAUGGUCAUGAUAGUGAUCAUGACAACAAUGCUGAUGACACCUAUAAGAGCAACAAAUUUGACACUACUUGCGAUUAUUUGAAGAAGAGAAGAAACCAUAUCAAUAGUCAUAAUAGUAAUAAAAAGACCCCCAGAAAUUUUCUCAUUACUAGCAAAAAUAAUAGCAAGAACGACCAGACCCACUAUCAAUUCACUCAUACAUGUUACGAUAACGUAAUACACAACAGUACUAAUACUUGUAAUAACAGUUGUGGUAAAAGCAGUAACAAUACUAUUACAAGCCAUACUAUAAGCAGCAAUACUACUACUACUACUUAUAGUAGUAGUGGUAGUAGUAGUCAUAUUACAAAUGAUAAUAGCAGCAACAAUUAUAAUAACAGCCAUAGUGUAAGUAGCAAUACUUCUACUACUGCUGCUAACAGUAAUAGGAAUUACGAUAAUAUUAAUUGCAAUAACAAUCAUAUUAACAGCCAUAGCAUAAGCAGCCAUACUACUACUACUACAAUAACAGCAACUACUACUAGUACUAGUAUUAGUGGUCAUAAUAGUAAUAAUAGCAGCAGCCAGUACCACUACUAUCAUAAUAAAGACAAUAACAACAACAACAAUAGUCAUUCUAACAAUAAUAACAGUAAUAACAGCAGUACUAGCGACAACAACAGUAAUAACAGCCCACUGCCCCGGAAUCACCAUCACUACCAAUACCACCGCUACCAUCAACUCCACAGCCCUAACAAUAAUAACAACACCAUCUAUCACUAUGGGAAUAAUAUAAGUCGUCCGGCUACUACUACUACUACUAUUACAAGUACAAGUACUAAUAAUAAUACUAGUAGUGAUAAUAAUUAUAAUGAUAGGAAUACUAAUGGUUAUUAUAACAAGAGCUCCCAAUACCAUCCCUUUUGCGCCCAGACACACCACCAGCGCAAGGAAAAUAUCAGCAACAAAGACACCGAUAGCAAUAGUCGUCCUUAUAACAAUAAUAGUAGUGAUACUAGUGAAAAUAACAGUCAUAGCACAAUGCUUUACCUCCGGACCGUGGCCAGCGACCAACCCUCAUACUGUCACAACUGUCACCCUAGCUACUACAACAAUAACAGGAGUGAUAGCAGAAGCGUCUUCACUACUACAUGUAGUAGUCGUACUAUAAUUACCUCCUACGAUAGUGAUAAUAACUCGAACAAUAAUUGUAAUAGUGGAGGUCUCAGCAUAUGUGACUGUCCCUUUAGAAUGGAUGCUCGAAGCAGCAGCAAUAAUACCAUAUACAAGUGUUAUCAGCCGCACGCCAACAACACCAAUAAUAACGACUGUCACAAUAACAGCAAUAGUAACAAGCUCAGUAAUGAUCAGAACAGCGAUAGUAAUGAUGUAUAUAGAAACCAUGAGAAUACUGAAAGUAGUAUUGAGUGUUGUUAUAGCAGGUACUACAACAGAGAUCCUAACAACGUGAACAGUCGUAAUAGUAGCAGCAGUAGUAGUGGCAGUAGUAUUAUGAGUAGUAGUGAUAGUAGUCGUUUUGCUGACAAGGAAGAGCGAAACACAUAUAGUAAGAGGGGAACAAAUACUAGCAUUGAUUACUCUAGAAACGAAGAACUACAUGAAAAAAAAGAAGAGAAAGUUGAAAGAGAUGAAUUAAAGCAAGAUAGAGAGGAGAAUGAAAAUGAGGGAGAAAGUAAUGAAGAUUAUUCUGAAGACGAGGAGGAGGAGGAGAAGGAAGAAGAAAAAAAAAGUAUAGAAGGGGUUACUUAUGCGAACUGGUAUUGGUAUAGUGAUGAUAGCACGGCAAAAAACAACGAGGAUAUACUGCUGUUAUCUCGAAAACAUGUGCACAAGGAAGAAGAGCUUUUUUGGUCCCCUUGUGCUGCAAUGGAUGCUACGCCU